UGCUGAGGGACCCUCUGGAGAGAGAGCGUGGGUUUGGUGUUGGAUGGUGGGGGAGCGGGGGGGUUCGACUUCUGCAAACUCUCCCAGAGUUUUGUUCUUCAGUGUUUGAAGGUGUGUAGUUGCACUUUUCAUUCUCCUCAUAGUUUCACUGGAGUUAAACUUGAGCCGCCAGGAACGUGCUGGUUAAACUGCAGGUACCAGUUGAUAAGAAACAGCCAAACUUUUACUGUGUCUUCUCAUAUGAUUUACCUAAUGAAUCAAUAUAAUUUCUGUGAGAGAGGAAGUUUUACCUGCAGUUUAUGUUACGGUUUUUUCACACACAGUGUAAAUGGUCUGCAGUUCGGGAUUUUCAGAAAUUUCAGGUUGGCUAUCAAGAAAUGAAGGUUAUGAUGUCCUGUGUUGGACUGCGAAAUCUUCUCCAAGGCUGAGCUUCAGUGUCAAGUACUACUCUAGCAUUAACCGUUUUCAAACAACAUGUCCCUGUAGUAAAAUUAAAGCAAAAAAAUGCCACAUCCUGAACCGUUCAGGGUGUACAUGCACACACAGGACCGCACCAUCUGGAAGCAUCCUGCCGUGGAGAUUCUUUUCCUGCAAGGAAGGAACAAGAAUCUCCUCCAAAAGGAAGCGAAAUACAUCCGUAGUAACAUCAGAGCUUUUGCACAAGAAUCUUCUGAAAUCAGAGCAGGAAAACUGGAAUGACAUUUCACCAAUAUACAAACCCAUGACAAAGAGAAUCAAAGAAAAACUAGAAGAAUUUCACAACAAGUACACAUUCAAUUCAGAAAGCCCAAGGAUGAGGUUUGGAGAGAAUGUGUACUUUGAAGAGAACGGCUGCAUAUUUCUUUCAAAAGCAGAUGAUGAUGAAGGAAAUGUUGACAUUUUAUUCAGUACUGAUGAUCUUGGCUUUUCUGAUGCCUUUAUUCAACGAAUCAGAAUUUCACCAGAUCAGACAUACAUGGCCAUCAGCUUAAAAAGUGAAAGUUCUGAAGAAGCAACCUGCGUUAUUCUGAAACUUGGUCAUUUUCCUGUUGUGAAAAAAGUAAUUCCAAGUGUAUUUAGCUUUGAAUGGGCUGCAAAUGAUGUUCUGUAUUACACAACUCAGAAGAACCUUAAAUGCCAGAAUGUGUUUAUGACCACUUUCACUUAUCAGAAACAUACUAAGUUAGUUUAUACAGAACAAAAUGCAAGAUUCUUUGUAGACAUUUAUCUCACAAAAGACAGGCGUUUUCUCACUAUCAACAGCAACAGCAAGACAACCUCAGAAGUUUGGCUGGUUGACUGCAGAAAUCCUUUUGCAUUACCUGCACUUGUACAAGCACGAACAAAAGGGGUCAUUUACCACAUCGAGCAUAGAAAUGAUGAGUUAUAUAUUCUUACUACAUAUGGAGAACCUGCAGAAUAUAAGUUGAUGAAGGCACCGGUAGCUUCCAGCGGCAAGGAGAACUGGCAGUUAGUUUAUGCACUGGAAAAGAAAACAAAGCUAGUAGACUUUGAGAUGUUCAGUGAUGACUGUAUUAUGUUCCUGAAGAACGCUGGUCAUCUUUACCUAAAUGUGAUUUCUUUUGUUUCACACUCGGUUCAGUCAAUAAAGCUACCUACGUGGGCCUGUGAAUUUGAAUUGGAAUAUCAUCCUGAACAUACCACCAGCACUUGCUAUUUUCAGCUGUCCUCCCCAGUACACCCCCCUAAACGUUUUGCAUAUUCAUUUAAAGAAAAUAAUCUCAUUGAACAAGCUGUGCAAGAGGUACCAAUUAUUACGAAUUGUCACACUACACGUUUACUAGCUAAAAGCAAGGAUGAAACUUUGGUGCCAAUUACAGUUUUUCAUAAUAUGAAUUCUGAAGAGCUACACAGGAAACCACUUCUAGUUCAUGUAUAUGGAGCUUAUGGCAUAGAUUUGAACAUGAGCUUUAAAGAAGAGAAGCUGAUGUUAAUUGAAGAGGGUUGGAUAUUAGCAUAUUGCCAUGUUAGGGGUGGAGGAGAGCUAGGCCUUAGCUGGCACAAAGAUGGAUGUCAGCAUAAUAAACUCAAAGGUCUCCAGGACCUUAAGGCUUGCAUCAUGCUGCUGCACGAACUGGGGUUUUCUCAGCCAAAACACACAGCACUGGCAGCUGCCAGUGCUGGAGGAGUUCUUGCAGGAGCCCUGUGCAACACUGAUCCAGAACUGAUCAGAGCCAUGGUUUUACAGGCUCCUUUUGUAGAUGUUCUAAAUACAAUGAUGAAAACUCAUCUCCCACUGACAACUGAGGAACAAGAAGAAUGGGGAAAUCCAUUAGAAGAUGAAAAAUGUAUGAAGUAUAUCAAAAGCUAUUGUCCAUACCAGAAUAUUAAGCCACAGCGUUAUCCUUCAGUUUUUAUCACGGCAUAUGAAAAUGAUCAACGGAUACCAUUAACAGGAGUCUUACGAUAUGUUCAGAAACUUAGGAAGGCUGCACUAGAUCAUGCCAGCAGAACAAGUAAGAAAGGAAAUUGGAUUCCUAAUAUCAUCUUAGAUGUCCAGGCAAAUGGCAGCCAUUGUGAUUCAUCUUGGGAGCAUUCAGUGAGUGAGGUCGCAAGACACCUUGCUUUUCUGAAUAAAGAACUUGAGGAAGUAUGCCAUCUCCAACAUCCUAGCAAAUCCUGCAGAUAGCUAAUAAACACAAUGACCACGUGAA